CGAACAUUACUCUCUUCCUAAUUUUCUCUACUUUCUCUCUCUUUCUCAUUUCUUUCAUCAAAUCCCACCUCUCUUACUCUUCUUCUUCUUACCUUCCGCAAUCUUUUUUCACAAACUCCCAUCAAUUCACAGCAAUCCCGGCACUUCCUUCUUCCCCGAAUCGUUCUUGCCGAUCCCAUUCUUCUCAAAUACCUAGGGCUUCCCUGCACUGUCCCAGCGAAGGAUUUGCAUUACCUUCCCUCUCCCCGCCUCCAGUUUCGCGCUCUGAUCAAUUACUCAGAGGAGGAGUUGAGCUUCACAGCUUCAGGGUGGUUGCGAUUGUGAUGGGUUGUUUGGCUUCAGACAGAAGGGGAAAUGAAAGGAUGACUGAGUGAAGCCCAUUACUUCGGAUGAGUGGUGAAUUUUAAGGGCAGGAACUGGUUUUGAUUACUUGUUGAGGUGGAGGCUAAGUUAUUGUUGUGAAAUGCUAGCAAUGGGCUUUUCCUUCGCUGUAGUGUAGUGGGUACUGGGUUAUGAAGGCUAUCUAGGACUUCCCCUUUUCUCUUUCCGGAUUGAUAGCUGUUUUGGCAGUUGGGCAGUUGGGUGUAUUUGGAGUUUCAGUUCGGUAUUUGAGAGUAUUAAAGAGGUAGUUUUUCUAGCUGCACACUUCUGUUUCUGCCUUGGGUGGAGGUCAUAUGGAAAAGCCUAUAGGAUGAGAUGCUUAUGCUGAACAUGCCCUGCUACUUCUUCUCUAUGCAGGUUAAUCGUUUAUGGUAAAUUUUGGGUUCUUGCUUAAUAUUUGCAGUGAACUUGAAUCAUUUUCUUUUUGCCCUUGAGUUUUGUAAUCCGUGCUUGUGGAUUUCCUUAAACUAGGUGCGAAUGUGAUUAGACUAGGACUAUUAGUCUGAGUGAUAGCUUAGGUUCCUGGAAGUGGGGAAACAUGCGUCCGUGGUGGGGGAAGUCGUCGUCUAAAGAAGUGAAGAAGAAAGGAAGCAAGGAAAGUUUCAUUGAUACAUUGCACCGGAGAUUCAAGAGUCCAUCUGAUGGUAAAUUAAGCAGUAGAUCAGGAGUUUCCAGGAGACAUUUAAAUGACACCGUGUCAGAGAUGGGAGCACAAUCUCGGCCUGAUUCCAGAUCACCAUCUCCUCCUUCCAAACAUGUCUCUAGAUGUCAAAGUUUUGCUGAAAGGCUUAGUGCGCAACCACUUCCUCGUCCUGGAGUUCAUCCUGCAGCUGUGGGGCGUGCAGAUUCUGAGCUUGGUGUAACCACAAAACCCAGGUUGGAGAAAGCCCCUAAGUCUUUUUUGCCUCUACCUAGACCUGCCUGCAUCCGGAAUAAAUCGAAUCAGGCAGAUUUAGAUGGAGAUUUGAUCACUGCAUCAGUCUCAAGUGCAAGUUCAACUGAUAUUGAUGAUCCUGUUGAUCUUAAUCAACCUAGUCCUCGGGCAACUGACUGUGACCUUGGAACAAGAACAACGGUCAGCAGCCCUUCAAGUGGGGUGCUCAAGGAUCAUGCCUCUACUGCAUCAAUUAUGAAGCCAAGAGAGGCGAAAAAACCAGCAAAGCUCUCUUUGUGUACUUUCACCACUCCCACAUCACCCAACAGGAGACCUCUAAGAGGUCAUGUGCCAAAUCUGCAGGUUCCCCAUCACGGUGCUUUCUGUAGUGCUCCUGACAGUUCAAUGUCAAGUCCUUCAAGAAGUCCAUUGAGAGGUUUUGGAACUGAUCAUGCUGCUAAUUCUGCUCUGUGGGCUGGGAGGCCUUAUACCGACGUCACAUUGCUUGGAUCUGGCCAUUGUUCUAGCCCUGGAUCCGGUUACAACUCUGGACAAAAUUCAAUGGGAGGGGACAUGACAGGCCAGCUAUUCUGGUACCAAACCAGAGGUAGCCCUGAAUGUUCUCCGAUACCGAGUCCUCGAAUGGCUAGCCCGGGCCCCAGUUCCAGAGUCCAAAGUGGUGCUGUCACACCUAUACACCCCAGAGCAGGAGGUAGUGGCACUAUUGAGUCACAAACAAGCUGGCCUGAGGAUGGAAAACAACAAACUCAUCGGUUACCACUUCCUCCUGUUACCAUUUCCAAUUCGUCUCCUUUCUCUCAUCCCAACUCAACUGCCACAUCUCCAUCUGUGCCAAGAAGUCCAGGAAGGGCGGAAAAUCCAACAAGUCCUGGAUCACGCUGGAAGAAGGGGAAAUUGCUAGGUAGAGGGACAUUUGGCCAUGUUUAUGUUGGCUUUAACAGUGAAAGUGGUGAAAUGUGUGCAAUGAAGGAGGUGACCUUAUUUUCAGAUGAUGCCAAGUCACGCGAGAGUGCCAAACAAUUAAUGCAGGAAAUUGCUUUGUUGAGCCGGUUACGGCAUCCAAACAUUGUGCAAUAUUAUGGGUCAGAGCAAGUCGAUGACAAACUAUACAUAUAUCUGGAGUAUGUAUCUGGUGGGUCUAUCUAUAAAAUUCUCCAGGACUAUGGUCAGUUGGGCGAGCUGGCAAUUCGUAGCUACACCCAGCAAAUCUUGUCUGGCCUGGCAUUUUUACAUUCCAAAAGCACUGUACAUAGAGACAUUAAAGGAGCAAACAUUCUUGUGGAUCCAAAUGGCCGUGUUAAACUGGCAGAUUUUGGGAUGGCAAAGCAUAUCACUGGGCAGUCAUGUCCUUUAUCUUUUAAGGGAAGCCCUUAUUGGAUGGCACCUGAGGUCAGCAUUUUUCUUGUUAUAAAAAACUCAAGUGGCUGCAACCUUGCUGUGGACAUAUGGAGUCUUGGAUGUACUGUUCUGGAAAUGGCUACAACUAAACCACCAUGGAGCCAGUUCGAAGGGGUUGCUGCAAUGUUUAAGAUUGGAAAUAGUAAAGAUCUCCCUGCAAUCCCGGAUCAACUCUCGGAUGAAGGAAAGGAUUUUGUCAGGCAAUGCUUGCAAAGGAACCCAUCACAUCGUCCUACCGCCGCCCAGCUUUUGGACCACCCAUUUGUCAAAUCUGCUGCACCUGUGGAAAGAUCUCUACCCAGCCCUGAAUUUACAGAUACACCCCCUGGUUUGACCAACGGGGUGAAAGCUCUGGGAAUUAGUCAAGCUAGAAAUUUCCCUACCUUGGAUACAGAGAGACUUGCUGUUCAUUCAUCUAGAGUCUCCAGAAGCGGCCUUCAUGCCAGCGAUAUCCAUAUCCCAAGGAACAUAUCUUGCCCAGUCUCGCCCAUUGGUAGUCCUCUUCUGCAUUCAAGGUCUCCACAACAUCUUAAUGGAAGAAUGUCUCCGUCGCCAAUAUCUAGCCCCAGAACAACCUCAGGCUCUUCAACACCUCUUACAGGUGGCAUCGGUGCUAUUCCUUUCAAUCACAUGAAACACUUGGUUUAUUUCCAAGAUGGAACUUAUGCAAACAUAUCAAAGCCAACAUCAAAUGGUAUGUACCCAAAUGGCUCAUCAUAUCAUGAGACCGAUAUUUUCAGAGGAAUGCAGCAGCCUGGGAAUGGGCCUAACAUGUCCGAGCUAGGGCCACGACUAGCUCUUGGGGAAACUUAUGAUGGGCAGUUGGUGUUGGCUGAUCGGGUAUCUCGCCAGCUUUUGAAGGAUCAUUCGAAGUUGAAUACACCCUUGGACCUUAGCCCUAAGUCGCCUUUGCCCAGCCGGACCACCGACGGUAUCUAACUUCCAUUCAUAGUUUUUUGGCGAUCCUACUACCCUAUCGGAGUAACUUCUGAGCUAGCCUCUCCAGGACGGUAUUUUUUGGUUCUAACAGGAUCAAUUUAUCCAACUUUUGGGAUUCUUUUCUGUCAGGAUGCUAAUGUAAACAAUAAGGUCACGUGAGGAUGGAAAUGAGGAAUAAGGUUGGUUGGUUCAGACUUGAGAGAGAGAGAGAGAGAACAAUGCUAAGCUGGCUGAUGCUAGGUUCUUCUGGUAAUGUUAUUUUGGGUCGAUUUACUAGGGCCAGCUUGUGGCUGCAUUGUUCCAAUGUGUGGCAGUUGGUUAGCUUGGAAUGCAAGGCAGGUAUAUUCUUUUAGAAGAUCGCAGUGAGAUAACAGAAGACGGAGAAGGGAAUUUGGCGCCUUUGUUAAGUUUUGUUCAGAUUGAUGUACAGAAGUUGGAUAAAGUGAAGUGAAUGUGCCAAUUGGAACUGAAGAAUCUGUUUGGGAAAUGGAGCCUUGUGCAUAUCUAUCUUGCUGGCUUCUUAUAACUGUCCUGUUGUAUAACUGAACUCUGUUUUCUGUUGGAAACUGAAUUUGUUGUUGUAUGUACACACCACUAAGAGUAUAUGGACGAUGCGAAGCUGUUGAUUCCCAUGAUUUUUCUGCUCUUAUCUGUCAUUCUGCAGGUAAUUGAGAUAGACCAUUGCCAACUAGAACAUAGGUGUUUCUUGGGACUCAAGUUAUCCCUGCACAACGCCACUGCAUACUAAACUCUUAUAUAAGGAAUCACACUACACAAAUCCAUACAUUUACACGACCUUGAGAUGUCCAGUAAAUUCAUGAACCCCUUAAUACGCUACAAACACCUGUCCAUUGAAAAUCUCGACUUUUACUCGUAAGCCAGCAACUUCCAUUACCAUAUACAUGAGGAACUGUAGAGGUCAGCUGAAAGUCUCUGGUGCUUCGAGACAAUUACUUCUACUAGUAUUUUCUAUCUUUCAUGCUUUUCUAUAAAAUAAAGAUAACAAGGAGAGAUUGGAUAUAAAUAAUUGUCGUGAAAAAAAAAACAUUUAUUUUUUGAAGGGUCCUGUAAUAAUCUGUGGCUUUUUCAUGGAUGAUUACUUGACCAACUCCAUGCUGAAGUCCCAUAGCUUCUUUCCCAAGGCAGCAUCCUGCCCAAAAGAGGUUGGUUUCGACAAAUUACUGUCAGAGAAAUACUCGCCACUUAUCCCUUUCACCUGUGGAUGCAAUGCGACGUAGCAGGUUGUAGCUGCACCCUGCUCAACAUUCUUGAAUGCAAGCUUACCAACUGCUUCGAUUAUACCAGAGAUGAGAGUCAUGUGACGGAAAAGAUUGGUGGCAAUUACUCCUGGAUGAAGAGAAUUUGCAGUUACAUUUGCCCCUUCUUCCU